AUGGGCGCCAACUACUUCCUCAUCCCCGUGGCGAUCGUCGCCGCCGCGAUCGUCGUCGCGAUCAACCUCUACGUUCUCGUGCACUUCCAGCACCCGAACGAUCGCAACCAGUCUUAUUUCCCGAAGCUCGUCGUCGUCCUCGGCCUGAGCCUCGCGACGUGGUCCAUCCUGCUGCUCCCUCUGGACGUCGCGAACAACGCGUCGUGCUCCGACGCCGUCAUCCGAAGCGAGUGCGACUUCGCGCUCCCGAUGGAGGAGCUGUGGUACGCGGUCUACAUGAGCAUGUUUCUGAUGGUGGUGGUGGUCGUGCCGUGGACGUUUUUCUUCUACGAGCAAGAGGAGGAGGACACCACGAGGACGAAGGCGAAGAGCGCGUCGCUGUGGGUCACCGGCGUCGUCGCCGGGCUCGCGAUCAUCUUAGGGCUGUGCUACGCGUACCUCGGGUUCGUCGAGCUCCCGGUGACGUCGUUGAAGAGCGGGUUCUCGACGCUGGCGGCGGCGCCGAUAACGUCGGCGUCGCGGUGCAUCAUCGCGGACGCCGCGAACGGGAUGACGUCCGCGGGGUACGCGUGCGACGCCACCGGCGGCGUGACGACGGAGGAGUGGGAGGUGCGGACGACAUUCCCGGUGUACGUCAUCGCGAUGUCGUCCAUCGCGGCGUGGUUUUUGCUCAUGGUGUUUGGAGGCGUCGGCAUGGCGGCGAUUCCGAUCGACCUGCUGAAAGCCUACGUCGGGAGGCCGCGGAAGGUGAUAACCAAGAGCGAGUACACGCGCAUCGCGGGGAAGAUCGCGGAGGCGACGAAGGCGGUGAUGGUGGAGACGCGUGAGGUCCAGCGGAUGGAACGCGGCGCGGGGAAGAGCCGCACGACGCGGAAGAAGCUCGCGCUGAUCAACAAAAAGCUCGCGCAGCUGGAGGACGACGAACUCACGUUGCAAAAGAUGUAUCCGCAGGGCGAGGACAAGGACGCGACGUGGAGCAUGACGGUCAUCAUGUACCACGUCGCGUUGCUCGGCGGCGUCGUCGCCGCGCUCAUCUCCGCGUUCUGGAUGCUGCACAUCGUGCUGUACAUGAUGCCGGAUCCGCCGGUGAGUUCGUUUUUAAACGAGUUUUUCAUCGCGAUGGACGAGGCGUGGGGGCUGUUCGGAACCACCGCGUUCGCCACCUUUUGCUUCUACUUGAUCCUGUGCGUGAUCAAGGGGAACGUCAAGAUCGGGUUUCGGCUGUUGCUCUUCAGCGUGUACCCCAUGAAGAUCGGCGGGACGCUCAUGAGCAGCUUGCUGUUCAACGUGAACCUCAUCAUGCUCUCGAGCAUAGCGGUGAUUCAAUUUUGCGCGCAGGCGUUCGACGGGUACGCGAUCGACACCGAGGUCUCGAACAUCUUCGGCGGGGAGAUUCAGAACUUGAAGGGUCUCGGCGUGCUGUACGAGGAUAAGGUGUUCAUAUACUGCUUCUUCGCGAUCGCGUGCGUGUCGUUUUUGUAUCUCAUUCAGGGCGAGGCGCGCGGCGAAGGCAAGAAGAAGAAGAAGUCGUAUCUGAGCGCGAGCGACGACGCGUGACGAGCGAGCGAGCGAGCGACGACGACGGAGGAGGACGCGGCGGCGAUUAAAAUUUAUAUACUGUAACCUUCCUCGUGAUGACGCACGCGGGCUUCUUCGUUUUAACUAAACUACAAGAUGAACCAACCU